AUUAUACGCAUUUAUCAGAAUAUCUGAACAAUCAAACUUACUAUCAUGCAUUAUCUCAAUCUCUCAAUUUUCCUUCUCCAAAUGAGAAUUAUAUUUUGUCUAAUUUAAUCUUUGCAUUAUACGAACGAAGAAUCAAUACUAUCUAUAUCUACAAAUCUAAAUCCAUUUUCUCAGAUAAAGAUCGAUUAUUCACAAAUGAAGAUUAUACACGUUUAUUGGAAUAUCUGAACAAUCAAACUUACUAUCCUGCAUUAUAUCAUCUUAAUCACAAUUUUAACAUCAAUUCUAAAUAUGAUAUUUUAUCUCAAUCUCUCAAUUUGCUUUCUCCAAAUGAGAAAAAUAUAUUAUCUAAUUUAUGCGAACGAAGAAACCAUACUAUCAAGAUGAAAAAUCAUAAUUUUCAUUUUAAUACCAAAUUGAACUAUAAAGACACUUCGUUAUUUUACUGUCGAUCAAAUAAUUUAUCUCAAUUUAUCAAUUUGCCAUAUCCAAAUGAGAAUCAUUUUAUAAUUUUGCUUUACGCACUAAUAGACAAAAAUUUUUGUAUCAAUGAAAUUGAAGAAAUUAAAGACGAAAAAUACAAACCCACCAAUAUCGACCAAUCAAUUAAGUUCGUAACCUCAAAAAACAUUUCGGAGGAUGAUAUAAACAAUAAUAAUUUCUUUAAUAUUAAGAAAAGUAUAAUUUCAUCGAAAAAUGAAAAAAAGGGCAAAGACAAAGAUCCUUAUUCCGAAACUAUUAACGACAUCUGA